AUGUCUGUAAAAGACGAAAAACGGACUUCUGGUGUGGAAAAUGAUCCCAUGCAACCGUUGGAAGUGAAACAGGGUCCCGUGAGACCGUUCGUGGUCUCUGAACCUCCCAAGACUCUGGCGGCAGCUCGUUCAACUCGUUCUCUUAAAGAGAGACUCGUGGUUAUUGGUUUGGCGAUUUUUACUGUCGCCAUUAGACUUCACGAUCUGUCAUGGCCCAAUCAAGUGAUCUUCGAUGAGGUGCAUUUUGGUGGCUUUGCUUCUGAAUACAUCAAAAAAGAUUUCUUCUUUGAUGUGCAUCCACCUCUUGCAAAGAUGAUCUUUGCCUGGAUUGCCUCUUUGGCCGGGUUUACUGGUGAUUUUGAAUUUAAGAAUAUUGGUGAUAUUUACCCUUCGACUACUCCUUAUGUGCUGAUGAGAUCGUGGGCUGCAACAUGUGGCUGUUUGACCGUUAUCCUUUUGUAUUUUACGUUGCGUGCCUCUGGUGUGCGUAUGUGGGUUGCAUUGGCUAGUGCUGUAUGUUUUGCAGUUGAGAACUCAUUUGUGACUAUCUCACGUUAUAUCCUACUGGAUGCACCAUUGAUGUUAUUUAUUGCGGGCGCUGUUUAUGCGUUUAAGAAAUACGAAGUAUUCCCAACUGAUACUUACCAGUCUUUGAAGUAUUUGGUGCUCACUGGUGUUUUUCUCGGUUUUGCUGCAUCUGCCAAAUGGGUUGGUUUCUUCACUAUUGCCUGGGUUGGUCUACUGUGUGCAUUUAGACUAUGGUUCUUUAUCGGUGACUUGACUAAGCCAAUCCGAUCCACUGUGAAAGUCGCUGUCAUCAAGGGAACUGUCUUAUUAGGUGUUCCAUUGAUCAUAUACACGAUGAUCUUUUACAUUCAUUUCCAGACUUUGACUCAUGACACAGCAGGCUCAGGUUUCUACUCUUCAGAAUUCAGAAGUACUCUAGAAGGUAACCACAUCCCAUCGGAUAUUUUGGCUGAAGUCGGUGUUGGCUCCACUGUGACUUUGCAUCAUCUAAACACUAGAGGUGGAUAUCUUCACUCCCAUCUUCACGAAUACCCAGCCGGUUCAAAGCAACAGCAGAUAACCUUAUACCCUCACUUAGAUGGUAACAAUGAAUGGUUGAUUUCUUUGUACAAUCAAACCGAUGCACCUUUAACAUCUUUCGAAAAUUUACCAGAUGGGACAAAGAUCAGAUUACUACAUAAAGUAACAAGCCGCAGAUUGCAUUCACACGACCAUAAGCCACCUGUCUCUGAGAACAGUGAUUGGCAGAAGGAAGUUUCUGGUUACGGUUUUGAGGGUUUUGAUGGUGAUGCUAACGAUGAUUGGAUCAUUGAAAUUGACAAGGAUUUAUCUAAGCCAGGCCCAGCAAGAGAUCAUGUCAGAGCUCUGGAGACCAAGUUUAGACUAAAGCACGCCAUCACUGGUUGUUACUUGUUUUCUCACGAAGUGAAGUUACCAAAAUGGGGUUUUGAUCAACAAGAGGUUACCUGCGCUCAUUCCGGUAAGCCAGAGCUAUUGCUAUGGUACAUUGAAGGCAAUACCAAUGAUUUGUUGCCAGAAGAUGCUGAGCGUAUCUCUUACAAGCCGUCAUCUUUCUUGAAGAAGUUCCUAGAGACAAAUGAAAGAAUGUGGACCAUUAACAAAAACUUGGUCGACACACACGUCUACGAAUCUAUGCCCUCCAGCUGGCCAUUCUUGUUACGUGGGAUUGGCUACUGGACUGGUGAACACAGACACGUCUAUUUGUUGGGUAACGCAGUUUUAUGGUGGUCCGUUUCUUCCUUCAUUGCUCUCUUUGCAAUGAUCAUAAUGUUUGAAUUGGGCUCAUGGCAAGUCGGCAAACCUAUUUUACAGGAUUCCGAUGUUGUUAACUUCCAUAUUCAAGUUUCUGAGUACUUGCUAGGAUUUGCUGUUCAUAUCGCACCAUCCUUCUUGAUGAAGCGUCAACUGUUUUUGCACCACUACUUGCCUGCUUAUUAUUUCGGUAUUUUGGCAUUUGGACAAGCAUUGGAAGCAUUCGUGAGUUACAUUUUUAGAAGAGCGAAAACAAUUGGAUACGCUUUCAUUCUCGUCUUUGUUGCGUCUUCGAUCUUCUUCUUCAAAUUUUACAGUCCUUUGACUUACGGUACUGCCUGGACUAAAGACCUAUGUGAGAAAUCGCAAUUGUUAUCCGGUUGGGAUUACACCUGUGACUCUUAUUUGAACACUUACGAGGAUUAUAAGAACUUGAAUUCUACAUCAGUAGUGGCUGAGACCGCUGAAACCAUUGUUAAUGAGCCAGCCGUCACCUCAUAUGCUAACAUUGAGGAGGUAAAGGAAAGCGAAGAGCUGGUUGAAGUGGACGAUUUCGAAUCAUUAAUGAACGAGCCAGGUGAGAAGAAAUUUUUGGACCAGAAUGGCAACCCUCUAAGUCCUGAAGAAGUACAAAAACUUGUAGAGGAACAAGGCGGUAGGAUUCAAAAAGUUCAAGAAAGAUCGCAUGAUUAA